ACACGUCAGUUUUUGUUUUUGCCAUCAUUCUCAGAACGCUUUUGUAUUAUCAGAAUCGCUUUGUAUCUAUUAGUUCCAGCUGUAACCAAUUAAUUUGUAAUCAGUUGAUUAAUUGAAGACGUCGCAAAGCUGAUGAGGCCUCUAAUCUUAAUAGUGCCGUUGUUGGUGUGUUUAGCGUACGCUGGGCCGGAAGAGGAAGAGGGUGUGCGCUAUGCCAAUCGUUGCGAAGCCUGCAAAAUUCUUGCCACAGAAUUGCAGGAACGCCUCAAGGAAACUGGCAAAUCACACGAUGUUAUCGAAAUGGGUUACUCACUCGACGAUGUGAAGCCGAAGAAACGCACCGCAUAUCGGCGCAGUGAACUGCGUUUACUCGAAUCACUGGAGAAUGUUUGCGAACGUGUUUUGGAGUAUAAUUUACAUAAGGAACGCACCGAUAGCACACGCUUUGCCAAAGGUAUGUCGCAAACGUUUCAAACUCUGCAUGGACUCGUCGACAAGGGAGUUAAAGUGGAUUUAGGUAUACCCUACGAGUUGUGGGACAAGCCACCGGUAGAAGUGACGCAAAUGAAGGCGCAGUGCGAAGAAAUGGCUGAAAACUAUGAGGAUGUUAUUUCCGAUUGGUAUUUUAAGCAUCAAGAUGAAAAGCCGUUAAUUGUACAUCUUUGCGAGGAUGCGGUGCUGGCCCAAGAUAAUCGAAAAUGUUUGACAGAAACAUUGCCGACUGUUGAAAGUGGCAAACAAAUUGAUGAUAAAGAAAAUACGAACAAAAAUAACCAAAAGAAGUCUAAGAAGCAGUCAACGAACAUAAAAGGUGAUACAAGUAAAAUCGAUGCGAACAAAGAAGAGCUUUGAGGGAAUACAAUUUAGAAAUUUAGUUUACACUUCCUAUUAAUUUUAUUUUACUUACUGAAAUUAGUCUUAAAAGCUAAGCAUGUAGUUGUUGGCUACAUCAACACUUCCACGAACAUAAUUCGCCAACAAUGCAUUGAGUACUUUUCCUCUCAUAGCAUUUAUUUUUUAGUAAAACUUAAGAUUCCUAAAGCAUAAUAAAUAUGUGCAUGUUAAAUUAAGUAGAUAAAGGUAAAAUUAUGUUUUAUUUUGUGACAGCAAUCGAUUAAGCUUAUUGGGGCUCCGCAACGAGUUUCUAAAACAAAGGCUGCGUGAGCUUUGGCCGGUUUUACAUAUAAGUCAUGCAAUUUUUCAGGCCAGGCUGCCAUAUACUACAUUUUCGGCUUUAAUUUUGAGGAACAUAAAUUCCACAUUUUUACAUAGAAUUAAUAAAUCACAUUUUGUAUCAACGAGCUUUAAAAUAUCACAUUAUUUGAAUUUGCAAUAAAGUUAAUAUAAUUUUUCACCAA